CCGAGUGAGGCCUUCCUGUAUGUGGUGCUGCCGGUACCCCGCGGAAAACUCCAGCUAAGGUGGAAGGGAGCUGGGGGUGGCUCUGGAGGGUAAUCAUCACAUGACCUACUAAAGAAAGAUCUCUAGACAAAAUAAAACAGGGAAAGUUUGCAAGAGUCAAGAAUGAUGGAUCCAUGUUCAGUUGGAGUACAGCUUCGUACCACAAAUGAGUGCCAUAAAACAUACUAUACUCGUCACACAGGUUUCAAGACUUUACAAGAAUUAUCAUCAAAUGAUAUGCUUUUACUUCAACUUAGAACUGGAAUGACACUUUCUGGAAACAAUACAAUUUGCUUCCAUCAUGUAAAAAUUUACAUUGACAGAUUUGAAGAUUUGCAGAAGUCAUGUUGUGAUCCAUUUAACAUACACAAAAAGCUAGCCAAAAAAAAUUUGCAUGUAAUUGACUUAGAUGAUGCCACUUUUCUGAGUGCAAAAUUUGGAAGACAGCUUGUACCUGGUUGGAAACUUUGUCCAAAAUGUACACAGAUAAUCAACGGAAGUGUGGAUAUUGAUUCUGAAGACCGCCAGAGAAGAAAACCUGAAUCAGAUGGAAGAACUGCUAAAGCUUUGAGGUCACUACAGUUUACAAACCCAGGAAAGCAAACUGAAUUUGCUCCAGAAACUGGUAAAAGAGAAAAAAGAAGGCUUACCAAAAAUGCAACUGCUGGUUCAGACAGACAAGUGAUACCAGCAAAGAGUAAGGUCUAUGAUAGCCAAGGGCUCUUGAUUUUCAGUGGGAUGGACCUCUGUGACUGCCUGGAUGAAGAUUGCUUAGGAUGUUUCUAUGCUUGUCCUGCCUGUGGUUCUACCAAGUGUGGAGCUGAAUGUCGCUGUGAUCGCAAGUGGCUAUAUGAGCAAAUAGAAAUUGAAGGAGGAGAAAUAAUUCAUAAUAAACAUGCAGGAUAAUUUGCAAUAUCAAACCACUGGAGUCUAAAGUUCCUCUAUUUCUAAAAUUCUGUUACUCUUAAGGUACAUUUUAAGCAUGAUGGUCAAAUAACAAAAAUUUGAAAACUACCAAAGUGUAUGUAUGCUAAUGUUUCAUUUGGGUUUCUUUAAGUUCAUUAUUUGAUGUAAAUUUAUAUGAGUUGUUUCUCAGUAGUCACUUUUAAGCCUGUCUGGGUCAAUGUUAAGAAGGGUGUGGGCAGUCCUCAGUUUGUGUGGUUCCCAUAGGCACAAAUUUCAGUGACCAUAAUUUAGUUAAAUAACAACAGCCUCCUAAUAGCAUGGUUCACAUUCAGUUAGGGUAGCAUAUCAGCUGUUCAUCUUGUGAAGUAUUAGCACCUUUGUCCAGAAAUUAUUAAGUAACAGGUGUGCUUUAUAGUCAGUGACCAAUUAUGUUAUCUUUUUUCAAAUUCUGCUUGUGAUUGGUCCUUGAACGUAUGUAUUUAGUUCAUCUACAGCAAAGCGUAUAGUUACAUUGUCAUCACCCAAUGUGACAUUUUAUAAAAGUGGAUAAUCAAAAAAAUUGGCCAUCUAAGAUUGAAAAUGAAGCAAAGAAGUGAACAAUAAUAAUGCUGAAAGUAAUAAUUUGAACAUAAGUGGAGUUUUAAAAAAAUGUCACUGAUUCUGGGUGUUUAGAUACAGUUGCUGUACAAUGACUAGCUGAGUCUUGCUAAACAAACUUACCAACAUAAGUGAGGAAAGCAGUUGUGAUGGAGAAGUAAUGGCAAAACUUUCACAUUAAAGAAUAUUUAUUGUUAACACAGGAAUAGGUCACAACAUAGAAAGCACAAACAAUAAUAAAUGGUGGAAGCUGAUCCCAACUUAAAAAGUACAUAAGUUGCUGGAGUAUAGGAGAUGCUGACUCAGCAUUAUAAGUUAGAGAAGGCAAGCUGUGUUAAAAGUACUCCUGAUUAGUAUUUUACAGUAAAGUAAAACUCUCACUCUCACUGUUUAAACUUUCAUUUUCAUCUACAUUUAUAACUGGCAGUUGAGAGUGUUUAAUACUCCUACAGGUUUUUAAAGGUCAUAGAAUAAUCGUAAUUUUCCUUAUUGAUCAUUGGGAUUGCUUUGCUUGGACAUCUUUAUAGUCCCAUACUAUCAUGUAAAUGAGGACUGCCUAUAGCUGGAAACAGUGCCUCCUUCAGAGAAAACUGAUUUUGAUACUACUGACACUAUGAGCUAUUUUGAAAAUAAUCUAUAUAUCUAAGUACUAAAAUAUAUUUAUUUUCUCCCAACUUAAAUAAAAAUAAAUAUUAGUACCAUAAAACUUUCAUUAUUUAUACGGUGUAUUCUUUGUGGGAGAAAAAUAUUCUUUUUAUGUAUAAAACAUGAAUAUACAUAAACAUACAUUAUAUCUAUUAUUGAAAUUGUAUAAGAUGACUGAUGAGGAUUAAGAGAUCAAAAACUAUUUCUUAAGGGAAUGAUAGUGACAAAAAGGAGAAAUAGUGGUUAGAACAGGAUAUAAAUAAGAUUUUUUGGAAAUAGAUUGAACUGUGGUGUGGAGUUUGUGCGGGUGCUGCUCAGAGGAUGGGACAAUGAUACUUCUGCACUUUGUUUUUUUAAGACAUUUACCCACCAUUUUGUCUAACGGCUCCUUCCACCUAGAAAAUUGUAAGGUGAGUUUUUGUUUUCUCCAAAUACGAUACCUCAGUUAAUUGAAUGAACUUUUGGCAAUUUGAAAUAUUUUGUAGCUGUUGAAACUAAAUUUCUAUAGCCAGUUUAAAUUGUCCACUGGAGUUUUUUGUUUGUUUUUUGUUUUUUUUAUGCUCUCUUAAAUCACUGUUUUUACUUUGAUACAAUGUCAUUUUCUACUUUGAAAUUAAAUGUCAUUUUGAAGUUA